AGGCACUCUCCGCGUUUGCGUCGCUGCCCCUGCCCGCUCUCGGCCGCCGUGGCAGUGCACUUGAGGUUGGCGCAGCGGUCGGACCCAGGCCUAAACCCACGCACAGACCCAGGCAGACCGGCGCCGGCCUAGUCCACCCCAGCCACCCAGCAUGGAGCAGCACAUCCGGGUCGAGGCGGAAGUGGUCCGCGAGGCGUGCGCCCUCUUCAAGGAGAGCUUCGGCGUGGACCCCGAGGCGGCGGGCUGCCAGGCCGGCUGCGGCCCGGGCCGCGUCAACCUCAUCGGCGAGCACACGGACUACAACGACGGCUUCGUGCUGCCCAUGGCGCUGCCCAUGGUGACGGUGGUGCUGGGGCGCUGCAACGGGUCGGACGUGGUGACGCUGUGCACCAACAGCCCCGACGCGGACGCCCCGAAGCGCACCCAGUUCGCGGUGCCCUCCCUGGAGAAGCCGCUCAAGCCGGGGACGCCCAAGUGGGCCAACUACGUCAAGGGCGUCGUCGCCCACUUCCCAGGCGGCUGCCCCGGCUUCGACGCGGUGGUCGUGUCCAGCGUGCCACUGGGCGGCGGGCUGUCGAGCAGCGCGUCGCUGGAGGUCGCCACCUACACCUUCCUGGAGGCCAUCACCGGCCGCAAGUGCCAGAAGCUCUCGGAGAAGGCCCUGGUGUGCCAGAAGGCGGAGCAUGAGUUCGCCGGCAUGCCGUGCGGCAUCAUGGACCAGUUCAUCUCCGUGAUGGGCAAGCAGGGCAACGCGCUGCUCAUCGACUGUCGGUCCCUCGAGUCCCGCCUGGUGCCGCUGGACGACCCCGAGCUGGUGGUGCUGGUCACCAACUCCAACAUCAAGCACGAGCUGUCUGGCAGCGAGUACCCCACGCGGCGCCGGCAGUGCCAGCAGGCCGCCGAGGCCCUGGGCAAGAAGUCCCUCCGCGACGCCACCGUCGCCGACCUCCAGACCCUCCAGGGCCGCGUGCCCGCCGUGGUGCUGCAGCGCGCCAGGCACGUGGUGACGGAGAUCCGGCGCACCCAGGAGGCGGCGGAGGCGCUCAAGGCCAGGGACUACAGCAGGUUCGGCACCCUCAUGGUGGAGAGCCACGCAUCGCUCAGGACGGACUAUGAAGUGUCUUGCCCGGAGCUCGACCAGCUCGUGAACGCUGCGGUCGAGGUAGAGGGAGUCCUGGGCUCACGGAUGACGGGUGGCGGCUUCGGCGGCUGCACCGUUACAUUUGUCUAUAAGAAUGCCGUGCAAAAAGUGAUGCAAAACAUCAAGUCAAAGUACAAGGGCAACCCCAUGUUCUACAUUUGCACUCCGUCUGCUGGAGCAAGAAUACAUGACGUAAGGAAAUUCGCCACGGUUGAGUAAUAAGUAAAAUAAUACAAACUACAUUCCAGAGCUGCACCAUCUCAUUAUAUAUAUUUUACAAUUGUGUAUAGUUAUUCUGUUUACAAAAAUAAAUAUAUUUUUCACAAGAUAA